CUGCAGAGACGCUGGGCGGACACAUUAAUUUACGUGUAUAUGAAAAAAGGUCGUAUGAAAGUAAUUCUUAUAAAAACAAAACCAUGGAGGGAUCGAGCGGGAAUUGCUCUGCAUCUCACUGCAGGGAUUUCAUCUCGCACCCUGCACUGGGACGCCACUCUGGGAAUCUCGCGAAUCACCAGGGUGCCGUGUACCCGGAGAUCACUCCACAAGAUGCCGGCCGGCAGUGCCCUGCGCCCCAGGCCUCAUCUGGCACAUCACUGAGCUAUGAAUACCCAUUCGGAGGUCCAUAUUAUGGAUGUCGUCUUUCGUACCCCCACAACGUAAGCUUGCAACAGAAACCAUGUUCCUAUCAUCCUGCCGAAAAAUACAUGGAGUCAAGCAGUGCGCUGCCAACUGAAGAGCUUUCCAGUCGGUCCAAAGAAUUUGCUAUUUACCCAAGCUUUGCCAGCUCCUAUCAAACAGUCCCCGGCUAUCUGGACGUCCCGGUUGUACCAGGAAUCAGUGCGCAUUUAGAGUCACGGCAUGAAACUUUAAUUCCUAUGGAAAGGUAUCAGCACUGGACAAUGUCGAACGGUUGGGAUGAGCAACUCUAUUGUUCUAAGGAACAGACACAUUUUAACCACCUAUGGAAGUCCCAGUUUUCGGAUGUGGUGCCACACCAGACCGAGAUUAAUGGGUACCGUCGCGGUCGUAAGAAGAGAGUACCUUACACUAAAAUUCAAUCAAAGGAGCUGGAAAAAGAGUAUGCUGCCAGCAAGUUCAUCACCAAAGACAAAAGAAGGCGUAUCUCCGCCACAACCAAUCUCUCGGAACGCCAGGUGACCAUCUGGUUCCAGAACCGUCGUGUUAAGGAAAAGAAGUUGGAAUGUAAAUCAAAGUUAAGCGCCCAAAUGCAUGCUAAUUGA